AUGCAAUUGACAAGCUCCAGCAGUCCUAUAGCCAUUAGGCUGCCCAUUUCUGGCCGACCACUUAGGCCGCCGUCCGGUCACCAGCGUUGCUGGAUUCUUGCUGCAUCAAGGGAUGCAGAUAACCGGGAGUUCGGCGGCCGGAUGGUCGACGAGAACAAGCUUGUGCUGGGGAGAAGGAUUCAAGAGAUGAAGAUGGUGGAGAGGAACUAUGAAGCCCCUGCUGGUUGGGCGGAUUGGGAGAAGAAAUACCAUGUUGCUUAUGCUUCUCAUGUAUGUGAAGGGGUGGGGCUGUUACAGAGGUUCUUGAUCAGCACAAGGCCGAGUGUGGGUGUGGACAUGUUUGCUCUGGUGGGCUUGAGCCUACCCACUGCAGCUUCUGUGGUUCUCUUCAAUUUGAUUGCAGCCUGCAACUGGAUUCUCGGUCUCCCUCUUCAUCGCUAG